AUGACAUUCAAUAUCAUCAUAGUAGGAGGCGGCAUCGCCGGACUCGCAGCCGCUAUAGCUCUCCGCUCCGAUCACCAUACCAUAACCAUCCUCGAACAAUCCUCCCAGUCGCGCGAAAUCGGCGCCACCAUCUCCCUUCAACCGAACGCUAGCAAAAUCGUCGAGAACCGAUGGGGCCUCGCGGACCGUCUCCGCGAGCAAGGCUCAAUGCCUGACUCCGCCUUCGAAGUAUAUAACCUCCGUGGGGAGCUGCAGACACGCGUUCCCUUGGUGACAUCCAAGUAUGGGGCAGAUAGGAUGAUCUACCACCGCGUCGAUCUGCAUCAAGUGCUGAAACAUCGGGCUACAUCGGAUGAGUAUCCGGGGCAGCCUGCUACGUUGCGAGUGUCGAGUAGAGUGAAAGGAUGUGAUUGCGAUGAGGGGGUAGUUGAGUUAGAAGACGGGGAAAUACUGAAAGGGGAUUUGAUCAUCGGUGCGGACGGGAUCAAGAGCGUUAUAAGAGGUGCAGUACUGGGAAAAGAAGUGCCCGGUCAGACGACGGGGUUAAGUGCAUAUCGCAUGAUGGUAAAUACUGAGGAGUUGGUUGCUGAGAAGGGGUUCGUGGAUGUGAUUGAUCCACGGAUUGCGAGGACAACGAUGGUUGUUGGUCCUGAUCGACGGCUUAUCAUGGGUCCGGCGAGGAAUGGGUCUGUGUAUAGUAUUGUUGCGCUAGUUCCGGACGAGAAAAGGGAUGAGGAGUCCACGAGUUGGAUGACUGCUGGUGAUAAAGGGAAGAUGCUUGCUACGUUUGCGGACUUUCCGGAGUGGGCAACGACGCCGUUGCGGUUGGCAGCGAGGAAAGAGGAGGAUAUCGGUCUUUGGCAGUUGAGGGAUCUGGAUCCGUUGGAAACGUGGUAUCGGGGGAGGGCGAUUUUGAUUGGUGAUGCUGCGCAUGCUAUGCUGCCGACGCAGGGACAGGGUGGGAGUCAAGCGGUUGAGGAUGCUGAGGCGCUUGGGGCUUUCUUUGAGGGGUUCAAGGGGGGAGAAGGGAGAGAAGAGGUUGAGAGGGUUUGUCGAGAGGUUUUUGAGUGUCGGUAUAAAAGGGCGAGUACAAUCCAGGCGUAUAGUCGCCAGGCGGGAAGGCCGGUGGAGGAAGAUGUGAGGGUUGCGAUGAAUCCGGCCGAGUUUAUGGACUAUAAUUGCUUGUAUGAGGGGGCGAUGGCCUGGAGGAGGCAGCAGGAGGCUGUAGUUGCUUGA